GUUACUUCUCACCUCCUAAUAACUCGCAGCCAUGGAGGGUCACGCAGUGCUCGCUCGCUAUAUCUCUGACAACGCAGGCAGUGUGCCUUCGGUCCUUAAACCAAAGAAACUUCCCUUUUUCGCCCAAUCUAUUUGUCCAAGCGCUGAGCGCCCAGAUAUGGAUGGUAGCAGAUCAGCGCCCACGCUACGCUGAACACCAUUUAUAUCAGCGGGUAAGUAUAGACUGGAAUUCUGAUCUUCUCUCAUCGUGAUCGCAUAAAAGGGUUGGAGACUGGGAGUAUGAUUUCCAGGUUACAAGCAACCACCAACGCGAACGACUAUGGCUCCCCGACACAUCAUGACGCUGCUGGCCCCGGCUUGGGGCCACUCUCUGCCCUACAUCCAGCUCGCUGUGCGCAUGCUCAGUGCGGACUCCGAGCUGGUAAUCACUAUCGUCCAACAUAAUCUCCUCGGUGAGCACACCGCGUCGCCGGACGAUUGAACCUGAUUUGGCAUCACACCUACAGUGCCGAUGAUGGAGAAGGAGCUGGCUUCGUGCACGUACGACCGGGAUCGCUUGAAGAUCGUGGGCGUCGGUGUCAAGGGUGUUCCCAUGUCGCCCGCCUUCUUGAAAGAAGCGACCGAGCAACUCGUGGGUGGGUGGCUGGAGACAUUGGGCAAGGUUCUGGGAGAGUCCGCGGCUCCAUGGCCCAAGCCGCGCACCCUGCAUAUGGACUUUUUCGGCGGCUGUUUCGCCUUCCCGCCGACAAAGGCGAUGCUGGGGCCCGACGGGAAGAUCCUGAUGUGGUGCUCCGCAGGCGUGACGAGCAUCGCGGACCACUUCGGCGGCAACCUGGGCGACCUUUCGCGUGCGAUCUUCGCGGACGAGACCCGGCGCGCGGGACGCUCGAUGGAGGACAUCAUGGGCGAUGUCAUCGAGUCCUCGAACGGAUCGGACAAACUGGACGGCCGCACCAUCAGCAUCGCGGGCAUCCUCGACAUCUACGACCAUGAGCACACCGCAUUCGGGGCCGGCGGCCCGCGUCAGCUUGCACCCGUCCUCGUCUCUGCGCAGGAUAUGGCACAGGCCGUCGACGGGUUCUUCUGCGCCGGGAGCAGCCCACUCGAGCCUGCUGGGGCGGAACACUCCCGCAGCUAUUUCGCAAAGCGCAACCAGGAGCUCUUCCUGCUGGGCCCCCAAAUGUCUGAGAAGGAUUGGGCCGCUCCUUCUGUGGGUCCGGGCCCGGACGACACGACCAUAAAAUCGUUUUUGGAUUCUGCGGUGCAGAAGUACGGUGCGAGCUCCGUGCUGUACAUCUCUUUUGGAUCCUUCUUCUUCCCCGUCGCAACCCCUCACUUGGUGGAAGCGAUGAUCGACGUCCUUCUGGACCUCGAAACGCCGAUCCCGUUUGUGUUCGUGCUCGCCGGGCCGAUGGCCUCUCUACCGAAAGCGACGAUCGACCGGAUCCACGACAGCGGCAAGGGACUCGUGUGUGACUCUUGGGUCGACCAGAAGGCGAUCCUGCAGAGCGGCAGCAUCGGCUGGUUCCUCACACACGGCGGAUACAACUCGCUGACGGAAUCCCUCAGCCAGGGCAUCCCGCUCAUCUUCUGGCCCAUCGGCGCAGAGCAAGCCGUCAACGCAGCCGUGUUCUCGCAGGAGCCGCAUGCCAUCGGGAUCGAACUCUUCCAGAUCCGGGCAGGAAAACAGCUGGGCCCCUCCCUCCGGCCAGAGGCGCCGAAGAUCACUGGCACGGUUGAAGACGCUAAGACGGAGUUCGCGCAGACCUUCGCGGCACUGAAAGGUUCCAAAGGCAAGGGCCUGCGGGAGGCUGCUGCUAAGAUCGGUCGGCUGUGGCGGGAGGAGAGGGUCGAUGGAGAGUCUGCGCGAGAGCUCAUCCGGUUUAUACAAUACUGAACUGCGUGAAGGACACGCCCUUGCUGUGGAGGCGCGAAAUUGAUGUCGACGACGAUAAGAAAGUGUAUUCGUCUGCCAUGGUUUCAUGCAAUGAAAUGAUUACGAAGCGA